AUGCAUUCAGUUACAUUUUUAAAUUUUGUAGCGCAGAUGUGUAAAUAUUAUAUUUUUCUCAAUUUAGAGCUUACAAUAAAAACAUUUCACUUUAGUUAUAAUGCGAAAAUUAGUUAUCUGCUGACAGAGGCUGUUAGCUACAGAGAACGGCAACCCGUUGUAGCGCUUGCAUUUGGUCCGACUACCAUUGCCACAUCUCAGAGUAUUGCGAUUGGCGUACUCAUUACAGUGAGAGGGUUGCAACUGUCACUCUUUGACAGUUAA